UGAAACUAAACACGUAAAGAAAAAAAAAAAAAAGAAGUAUCAAGGCAAAUGACAAAACCACACGCUGCCAUGUUUUCAAGUCCCGGAAUGGGCCACCUCAUACCGGUGAUGGAGCUGGCUAAACGUCUCUCCGCUAACCACGGCUUCCACGUCACCGUCUUCGUCCUCGAAACCGACGCAGCCUCCGCUCAGUCCAAGUUCUUAAACUCGACCAGCGUGGACGUCGUCAACCUUCCAUUGCCAGACAUUUCUCAUCUAGUGAACCCCGCGGAUCACGUGGUAACCAAGAUAGGAAUCAUUAUGCGCGAAACCGUUCCAGCCCUCCGCUCCAAGAUCGCUGAGAUGAAUCAAAAGCCAACGGCUCUGAUCAUCGACUUGUUCGGGACAGAUGCUUUAAGUCUAGCAUCAGAAUUCCAUAUGUUGACGUAUGUGUUGAUUGCUUCCAACGCACGUUAUCUUGGGGUUGCUAUGUAUUAUCCAACUUUGGACAAAGAUGUCAAAGAAGAGCAUAUAAUACAUAGAAAACCGCUUGAAAUACCGGGAUGUGAACCGGUUCAGUUUGAAGAUACUAUGGACGCAUACCUGGUUCCAGACGAACCGCUGUACCGGGAUUUUGUUCGCCACUGUCUGGCCUACCCAAAAGCGGAUGGCAUUUUGGUGAAUACGUGGGAUGAAAUGGAGCCUAAAUCACUUAAAUCCCUUCAAGACCCAAAACUUUUGGGCCGGGUAGCUCGCGUACCGGUUUACCCGGUCGGUCCACUAUGCAGACCGGUAGAAACAUCGGAAACAAAUCACCCGGUUUUGGAUUGGUUAAAUGAACAGCCAGAUGAAUCGGUUCUCUACAUCUCCUUCGGAAGUGGCGGUUCUCUAACGGCUAAACAGCUAACCGAACUGGCCUGGGGGCUCGACCAGAGCCAGCAACGGUUCGUCUGGGUGGUUCGACCCCCGGUCGACGGUUCUUCUUGCAGCGAUUAUUUCUCGGCUAACGGAGGGGGAAACAAAGACAGCACUCCAGAAUAUCUGCCGGAAGGUUUCGUAACUCGCACUUGCGAUAGAGGUCUCGUGGUCCCAUCAUGGGCCCCACAAACCGAAGUUCUAGCUCAUAGGGCUGUUGGUGGGUUUUUAACACAUUGUGGUUGGAACUCGACGCUAGAAGGCGUGGUUAGCGGCGUGCCGAUGAUCGCGUGGCCGCUUUUCGCAGAGCAGAAUAUGAACGCGGCGUUGCUCAGCGAGGAACUAGGAAUCGCCAUCCGAGCUGAUGAUUUGAAGGAGGCAACUACUAGAUCAGAGAUAGAGACGAUUGUGAGGAGGGUUAUGGCGGGGGAGGAAGGUGAAGAGAUGAGAAGGAGAGUAAAAGAGCUGAGAGACAAGGCAGAAAUGUCGUUGAGCAUCGACGGUGGUGGUUCGGCGCACGAGUCGCUUUGCAAAGUCACCGAGGAGUGUAUACGGUUUUUGGAACGUGACAUGGACUUGGCACGUGGUGCUUAGAACUGCUCAUCGUUUCCCAACUCUUUGGUGUUUGGAAGUUGAAACUGCGUCCCGUGUUUCAAAAAAUUAGUUUAUUUCGACUGUAUAAUAGAAUAAACAGAUAUGUAUUUUGAAGAGUGGGUAAAAUAAAAUACUUGUUUUGGUUAUAUAUUUCUCAACUAGUUUGCUAUUGUAAUCUUAUCAUCUAUGUUUUGUAAUAUACUAUAUAAGUGUUCUAGAUGUUUAGUAUUCG